CCCUUUCCAUUUUCAAAGUAUGAUUUCCAGUAACAAUCGUUGGACUUUGCUUUUUCUCCAAAAUCCUUCAUACUUAUUGCGUUCUUGAAAAGGAUCCACUUAUAUUUUGUUGAUUUACUAUUGUUUCAGAUUUUGCUUUGUUGUAGACUACUAUUUGUCGAUGAUUUUCACUACCUUUUCUUCAUUUAAGCUGGUUUUCAUGGGAAGCUGGCUUUUGGCUGCUUCAUUAUUGAGUUAUUUCAAGUUUGUUUUGAGCUUUGUGUUUUCUUUUUUUCAUUUCCCCUGUUAUUUAUUUCGUCUGCUUCGUUUUCGUUUACCUUUUACAGCGUUGUCCACACUCGUUCGAUUCCGUCGUGUAUUCUUCUUCAGAGCUCAAAAAUUAACACUGGAAACGCCAUGGAUUCUAUUGACAAUAUGGUCAAAGAGUUGAAAGCUGAAGGUGGCUGCAACGAUAUGGGUUUAGUUUACAAAGUUGGCAAUGGUCGACAUUGGAACUCGAAAGAAAACAGGGAGAACAGACACAUCGAAGCUUGUAACGCUGGAAAUGGCAACUCCAUUAAUGAAUCCUUCCUUUCAACUCCACCUGCUUCCUGUUUUAGACCAAUUUGUCGGCAAUUUUGGAGAGCUGGGAACUAUGAAGUAGAGGAUAGGUCGGGGCUUCAAGCAGCGAAGCAAGAUGGGAGAAAUCAGUUGCAUGUACAUCCAAUGUUCCUUCAUUCCAAUGCCACCUCUCAUAAAUCGGUCUUUGGUGCGAUAGCUGAGCUGCUUGACAAUGCACUUGAUGAGGUAAGAAAUGAGGCUACUUUUGUUUAUGUUGACAAAAUCUCAAAUCCUCGAGAUGAGAGUCCAGCUUUGUUAAUCCAGGAUGAUGGCAGUGGAAUGGACCCAGAAGCUCUAAGGCAUUGCAUGAGUUUUGGAUUUUCAGAUAAGAAAAUGAAACAUGCUAUUGGACAGUAUGGAAAUGGUUUCAAGACUGGGUCUAUGAGGCUGGGAGCAGAUGUUAUAGUCUUCAGUCGUCAAAGGAAAAUGAGGACCCUGACUCAGAGUAUUGGACUCCUCUCUUAUACAUUUCUGAGGCAAAUGGGUUAUGAAAGGAUAAUAGUACCAAUGGUGAAUUAUGAGUUUGACUUAUCAACUAACACAUUUGGGCCCAUGCUUGAACAUGCUAAAGAAAACUUUUCUUCAAACCUCUCAAUGUUGUUGAAGUGGUCUCCUUAUACAACAGAAGGGGAACUUCUGAAGCAAUUUGAUGAUAUAGGUCAUCAUGGAACAAAAAUUGUUAUCUAUAAUCUUUGGUUAAACAAUGAUGGGGAUAUGGAACUAGAUUUUGAUUCAGAUCCCGAGGAUAUUCGUAUUAAUGGUCACCCAAAAAUACCUCAAGGAGGCGACUGCGACAAACCGGGUUUUCAUCAGCAUGUAGCUAACAGAUACCACUAUUCACUUCGUGCAUACUUAUCCAUCCUAUAUCUGCGGCUACCUCAGUGCUUUAAUGUUAUACUACGUAGACAUAUUGUUGAGCACCAUAAUAUUGCCAAUGAUCUCAAAUUUCCUGAGUUCAUAUUAUAUAAGCCUCAGACUUCUGAUAAUGAGGCUGUAGUUGUUACUACCGUAGGGUUUGUGAAGGAAGCUCCUUGCACAAACAUUCAUGGUUACUGCAUCUACCAUCGGAACCGUCUUAUACUGCCAUUUUGGAAUGGGCGCAAAGAAACAACAAACAGUUUGGGGAGAGGUGUUGUGGGUUUUCUUGAAGCAAAUUUUAUUGAGCCAACCCAUAACAAGCAAGAUUUUGAGAAAACUUCCCUCUUUCAAAAGCUCACUGUCCGCUUAAAGCAAAUGACACAAGAGUAUUGGCGUUUGCACUGUGAACUUAUUGGUUACCAGCCAGUGAGAAGAACUAAAGUACCAUUGUCUUCACAGGAAUCCUGGCGAGAUUUUGCGGUCCCAAAAAGGAAGAGAUCUGCUAUGUACCGAGCCUGGUCCCGACAAGGUUCAAAUAUGAAGAGCAAGAAGCUUAAUCCUCCAGAAACUGAUAUUGGGCACCAUGGAGAAUUACUGUUUCCUGAGUCAUCAGUGUCUAACAGAUUUUCAACUAUUUAUGGAAGCAAAAAUUAUUUCUUUUAUUUGCUAGAUGAGGAAUCAUUAUUACCAUUUCCUUACCAUAUUGUGUUGGCAGCCUGGAAAAAGACUGGAGAAUCAAGUGGAACAUUCAGAGACAAUGGUUCUGAUGCUAGAAAACAGAAGGCUGUGGUCACAGUGAGUAUACAUUAUCUUUGCAUUAGGUUUUGCCAUUUUCCUGGAGAGAGUAUUAGGGUACUGGAAUUAGAGAAGGCGGAGAAAGAACUUAACAUGAAGGUGCAGCAACUUCAAAAUGAACUACAGGUUGCCCAGCAUGAGUAUACAAUGCAGCUAUUGCUGGAGUCAAAAUCACUAAACAUCCCUCCACCAGCCUACUCAGAUCAUUCAACCUUGCUUUCUACAAUUGAAACCUGGACUCUCUUGCCUUUGGAAACAAAAUUCCAUUUACUUCUUAGCAUGGAACCUUCAGAGUACAAAGGUUCGAGUAGAGAGACUAGAAUCCAAGACAUAAUGCUCCCAUCUUGUAUCAAGAGGCCAACCCUUCAUUUUCUCUGA